AUGACGAGCACCUCAACGGUGAUGCAGCAGAAAACGAAGGUGGCACGGCAACAGAAUACGACAGGCUACCAGGCCCUGAUCUUCAAAAAGUUGAGGAGGAGAUCGAGGAUCAACGCUAUCCGAGGAAACCGACGUGCCCGAGGUUUUGCCCUCCGGGGUCCGGAUGGACUCUCCCGAGACCCAGAGACAAUUGCAAACCUCCUCGGCGACUACUUUGAGUCGCUGUCCUGCAUUGAGGCCUACAACGAUGAUUUCAGGAACCGUAACGGCGUCUCCACCUCCAGCAUCGAGAACGUGACCAUACCCGAUGACGAAGAUACACUCACAAUUAACAGUCCCUUCACCAUGGAUGAAUUAAACUUUGCCCUCAGAAACGCCAAAGGCAACUCCUCCGGACCGGAUGAGGUUGGAUACCCGAUGCUGCGGAACCUCCCACCCACGCACAAAGGAACCCUUCUCGAGCUGCCUGACUCCUGGAAGCAUAGCCUUAUCGUUCCCAUCCCGAAAAACCUCGGUCCAGCACUAUUACCGAAGGAUUUCCGGCCGAUCUCCUUGACCAGCUGUUGCAGCAAAAUAAUGGAGCGUCUAGUCAACCGGAGAUUAGCGAGAUUCCUUGAGGGGAACAACCUACUAGACCACCGACAGCAUGCUUUCCGUCCGGGGCACGGAACUGGUACAUACUUUAACAGUCUUGGCCAGAUAGUACAUGAGGCACUCCGUAAGGACCAGCACGUCGAGGUGGCCUCCCUGGAUCUGGCCAAAGCUUACAACAGAGCCUGGACACCCCAAGUACUACAGCAGCUAGCCACCGCUCCAGCACCAGACGGGAAGAAACCGGGGUUCCCCAGGGUUCCGUAA